AUAACAUUUGUUUUGUGAGAUGCUGUGCUGCUAGGAAGUUUACUCUUCCCAAACAUUGUUUCUGCAGUUUGGUUUGUUGUGCGCGAACAUCAGAAGCUCGGUUUUCGACCCACCGUGUGUGUGAAUCAAAAGUCUCUACGGUUCUAAAAGGACGAAAAGACAGGCGUCGUGUGGUAAAAUACCCAUCAUAUCAUAUCGAAUGUAUCUACGUACAUCAAUAAGUAGCACCAACGCGUAGCGCGUGCAAAAUAGUGGCGUCAAGCGAAACUUCAUCGACAAUGUUGCUUCCCCAUUAGAAAACAAGGCCCAAAUAUGCGUUUGCGGCAGGAUACGGAGUGAAAAAUUUACAUAUGACCUAAUUAGGGGAACGUCGUAUGUGUAGUUUCCGUGGCCGUCGUCGUACCAGUAGAGUAGAAGUUACAGUGCCAUCCCAGUGCGUCGCGAACGAUGAUUCCGUGGAUGCGGGAGAAAAUUGCCGAGCGGAAAGCCCGCUGGCAGCAGUCCAGGAAACAGCAACGUGACGCAUCCGGUGCAGCUGCGGCAGCAGCAGGCGAAACCAAUUCCACAGGAAGUGCCAGCAGCUCGUCCGUAGCGACAAAUGCGUCGUCAUCCUCGCCUGCUGCUGGGGGAUCAAGUCAUCGCAGUAGUCCAUCGCGAAAUUUUCGUUUUUCAUCCAAGCAUCACCAUCACCACCAUCGUCAUCAACAGCAACAGCAGCAGGCUGCGACUUCCGCUGAUCGAUCAACCCACAGCAACGCUCACUUGGAUCGACCCAGUACAAGCUCCGCAUCCGAUUGUACCCUGUCCGCCGAGGAAGGCUACUAUGGGCAACGUUUGGGCCGAAGGUCGACACUUUUGUUGCGCAUCAUCAGCCCACGUGGAGGCAUCGUAUGCGUUGAAGUGCCCCAAGAAUGCAGCGGAAGUCAGUUGAAAAUUCGCGCGCUAGAGCAGUUUGCGAGUUGUUCCUUUUCGUUACCGCAUUUUUCCUCGGACAUUGAUCAGCUCGUGGGGAAGUACAAGCUGAUACGGGCUCGGAAUAGGACCACUUUCCAGGACGAUGACACGUUGCUAAAGCUGGGUGUUCGAAAUGAGGAGGAAUUUUUACUAGUGGUGAGACGUACCGACUUCAUACCCACGGAGGAGAAUCUCAAAGGACCAACCAUUGCUGAAGUAUUAGCAGCUACCAAACACAUCCCCUUGUCACGCACUAACCAGUCAACGACAAAUUCCAAUGUGGGGAUGCUACAAACCGAUCUACAGCAAGAUCUACGUAGAAUUCUCAUUUCUCUUGCCCGUGCCUCCGCUUUUGUGAUAGGCUCUGGAUGUUGUGCGGAAAAAUUGAUUGCCCUCUUCAACCAGAGGCUGGUCAACCGACGACGGCAUCAAGUCCGAUCGAUCGAAACACUGCUGGAGAUGGGUUUCUCGUUGGACAAAAUUCAUCAAGCAAUGGAAAUUACCAAAAAUGUGUUCCCAGCCGCUCUGGAUUGGCUAAUACAAAACGAUAGCUCGGUGAAGCUGUUGAACUGUGAUACACCCGCUAAAACAAUCCAAACAACGACGUUGCUGGUUGCUGGUAGCAAUGACGGCAACGAAGCAUCCACCAGUGCCGGAGAUCGACCUCCUCCCCUGGCUGAAGCAGAACCAGACAUCGACGAGUCGGCCAAUACCUCACAGGCUGGUAGUCCCAGCAACGAUGAUGCAAGCGCACAACAGCAUCAGGACUCGGACGAAGAUGACGUGCAACGGUUUCGUCAAAAGGUUGACCACGUGGAGGUUUUGUUGGACAUUAUCCGGCAAUACUCGGACCGAGAUGUGUAUCCGACGCAGGAGAUGGUGGCAUCCAUCGUCGAGAUGGGCUUCAACGAGAAGAACGUUCGGGAAGCGUUGGUUGCCACGAGGAAUAACCAGGCCGCAGCGUGCGAGUGGUUGCUGGGCAAUCGAAGUAAAAGCCUAACCGAGUUGCGUGACGGUUUGCCUCAGGAUUCUCCAAUACUGCAGGUGCUGUUGGCCUCACCCCAAGUACAAAUUAGCUUAGGAAACCCAAAGAUGUUUAUUGCGCUCCUCUCCAUGCUGGACAAUUCCUCUACUAUGACAAUGUGGCUUAGCGAUAACGAUAUCUCUUCGGUACUGGGUCACAUCUUGCGCACGUACCACGAGGAGAAACACAUUGUGGCAAUCAAUCAAUUUAAUACUGCACACAGCUUUAACUGAGUAAAAUUAACUGAUCCUAGUACAGAUAACGGCAAACAGCUAUCCUAGCAUCCAAAUCAAUCAAUUAACACGUAGAGAGUAGAUUUAUGGAAUUGUUGCAUCCAACUGGAAGAGCAGAAUCAAAAUUUGUUGAUCAAAACAAAAAUAUAUGAAAAAGCAAAAGUAAAACGAGAUUUAAAUUUUACAAAAUUUAAAAAAGUUAAUCUUUUCCAGAAUAUUCAGAGCACACCAAUCAAUCAAUGAAUCAUCAAUCAGUAGUGAGCUAUAGAAGUACACUGAAGUUUUUUUUUACGACGGUAAUGGUCCCGCGUAAAAAAAAACCGCGUAAAAAAAAACCGCGUUAUUUCAAGACCCGUCGUAAAAAAAAACCGCGUUAUUUCAAGACCCGUCGUAAAAAAAAACCGCGUUAUUUCAAAAAACGUCGUAAAAAAAGUCAAGUCACGUUAGAUGUGGUGCUGACUAUUUUACGCGUGUUUUUGAAAAAACGCGGAUUUUUUUUACGACGGUUUUUGAAAUAACGCGGUUUUUUUUUACGACGGGUCUUGAAAUAACGCGGUUUUUUUUUAGGACGGACCGCGUAAAAAAAACCGCGUAAAAAAAAACCGCGUAAAAAAAAACCGCGUAAAAAAAAACUUCAGUGUAGUACCAGCUUUCAAACGCACUAUAGUAGGUUCUCUUUGCUUUACUUCCGGUUCCGUAGGAUUUCGAUCUACUAGUUUGUGGUGCUUCCAUUCUUCACAUUCUUCACAGAAGCAAUCAGUAGUGAUGUUCUCAUAUCAACUCAAAAAACAGCUAGGAUGGAGCUUCUCUUUCUAAUUUUUGCUAUAACACAACUCAUCAAAAUGGAUAGAAAACAAGUGUGGUAUGCGAAUAAAUUUAUUAGGGAUACUCACUAAACAGAUUAAAUUGCUGCGUAAGCCAUGAUUUUCUGCUCAUUUGAAAUGUUUUAUGAUUUUGCGAAUGAAAUAAUCAAAGAUUGCCUUGGUGAUCGCGACGUUUAAUCAGUUUACGCUGGCUAAGUGAAUUUCCCUAAUAUCUUUGCUCGGAGUGAAUGGAAUCGAAUGAUUGUUUGACACAAAAUGCAAAAAUCUCUAUAGAUUCAGCUAAAGAGGGUGUCAUGUGCCGCUCGAUACUAGAGAACCAUGUAUUCAGCUCGUUUUAUUCCACUCUGGCUCCACAUUAAAGAAAUAAAAGGAUUUAAAAAAAAAAUCUGUAUUCAUUCGUUACCUUUUUUACUGAUUCUAUAAAGAUUUCGUCAGAAUGUCAAUAACUCAUUCAGUACCAUCCACUAAGAGCAGAGAUAUCGAAUUUACUCGCAUUUCCCAUCUCUUCUGUUCCACUGCGGUAUUAGGUAGGACUGAAAUAAAUCAAUUGCAUUGUUAAUUACACCGCGUGCCAAUUAACGAGAUAAUCUCCAAAUACAAACGAUUAAGAGACGCUUCUGCACAAAACGGAUAACCCCGCAGCAAAUCAACGCAUUUUAACUCAUUCGAACGCCAUCAGCGCGCAGAGAAUCUAUUCGAUACGAAAUAGCAUUAUGGGAAUUUAUACAAGAACUCUUAACAAAUAACUAACUAGUAAUACAGUUCACAAGCGAACGCCAAAGAAGUAUUUUAAGCAACAUAGAAAUUUAAACAACUGAUAUUGUGAUAGGAUGAAGUUCGGAGAAACAAAUAAAAAAAAAAACAAAAUGCGAACAUGGUUUAA